AUGUCUCGUCUUGAUAGAUCGACUAGUCUAGAUUCACCUCCGGAAAAGACGAUUUUCCGUAUAGACCUCAAUGAUGAUCGUCCCCUCCCCUCAACAACCGCGUCCUUGUACGCUGCGAGUGAAGCAGGUGAUCUCGCGAUGCCUUCUGUACUGUUCCCAUCGAUGCGGUUGAUGCUGGCGGCCAUGUUGUGCUGCUGCUUCAUCACGCUAUCCAUUUCAAGUUCAAAUCUGGCCGUGGCACUCAUUUGCAUGACCUCCUGUCCUCACCACGGUUACGGUGGAGACCUUAAAUGGAAAACUGAGCAGGAAGGACUCGUUUUGGCCGCACAAAACGCUGGCUCACUGCUCACUUUAGUCACUGGUAUGUGGGCAGAUCGGCUUAACGGUAAAUGGAUGGUGUUCGUUGCCUUACUUCUCUGUUGUGUGGGCAACCUUGUGCUUCCCUUAUUUGCGGCUGAAUCCUUCUGGUUUGCUGUCAUUGCCAGAAUUGCCGUUGGAGCUUCCGAUGCGUGCUUGAUGCCAGCGUGUAAUUCGCUGAUAACGAGGUGCAAGAUGGUCCGCAAUCGAAUCGAGCUGAGCAGGACAAUACGGACUGAUCUCCGGAUGGACUGUCAGAUA